CAUCACCAAGCGUACCGGGAGGAGGGAUUGGAAUCACGUGAGAAACUUGUGUUAUCAGGAAAUUCAUCUCGCCUAGAGAGGCGACUUCCCAAGUGGUCAUUCAAGUACGGCGGCAGCCAUGUCGCCCAGUGUUGCAAGGUGCCCUCGAUCCCUAGCAGCGGGUUCCGCCGGCCUGAGGAAUGUCGUUCUCAGCGCCACCAGCGCCAGCUCCACCGGAUCGAGGAUUCGAAGCGCCUCGGACAGCUUGCUACUUCGACCGCCUCGCAGCAAUCGGGAGCCCCGGCGGCAGCGAUGGACCGCGGCAAGCAAGGGCGGCGCUCUGGCCCGGCCACGAGCGCUUCAUCCACCGGGGUUUCCGAAUCGAAGAGCUUCGAGCGUCGUCGAUAACGACAUCGAUGAGGAUGAUGAUUCGGUGGCGGCAGGGGCACAUGGCACGAAAGGAGCUUCAGCUGCCGCCGGCCCCGGCUCCGGCUGCGGAACAAGGUACGCGGAAGGACCUAGCACUCGGAUGAACCUGUUCACGGCCGUGAAUGCUGGGCUUCGAACGGCGAUGGAGACCGAUGACACCGCGAUAGUGUUUGGAGAAGACGUGGCAUUCGGAGGCGUGUUCCGCUGCACGGGCGGCCUCAAGGAGCAGUUCGGGCCUGACCGCGUGUUCGACAGCACCCUCUGCGAACAGGGCAUCGCGGGGUUUGCGAUCGGAUACGCCUCAAUGGGCAAGACUGCUAUCGCCGAGAUUCAGUUCGCAGACUACAUUUUCCCGGCCUUUGAUCAGAUUGUAAACGAAGCUGCCAAGUUUCGGUACCGCUCGGGCGACCAGUUCAACUGCGGAGGGCUAACCAUCCGUGCCCCGUGCGGCGCCGUGGGCCACGGAGGGCACUACCACUCACAAUCCCCCGAGAGCUACUUCGCGCACACGCCGGGACUGAAGGUGGUUAUGCCCAGAAACGCGACGGAAGCGAAAGGCCUGCUGCUGGCCUCGGUGAGGGAGCCGGAUCCGGUGAUCUUCUUCGAGCCGAAGAUCCUCUACCGCACCAGCGUCGAGGACGUGCCCGACGGCGACUACGAGGUGCCACUAGGGGUGGCGGACGUGAUGAGGGAGGGGACCGACGUGACCUUGGUCGGAUGGGGGGCCCAGCUACGAGUGAUGUCCGAAGCGUGCGACGACGCGGAGAAGGAGGGCAUCAGCUGCGAGCUAAUCGACCUCCGCACGAUUCUUCCGUGGGACUUCGACACGGUGAGCCGUUCGGUCAAGAAGACGGGGAGGCUAGUGGUAUCCCACGAGGCGCCAAGGACCGGGGGCUUUGCGGCCGAAGUCGCCGCGGAUAUGCAGGAGCGAUGUUUUCUACACCUGGAGGCACCGGUGCAACGGGUGUGCGGGUACGAUACCCCCUUCCCUCUCGUGUUCGAGAAGUUCUACGUUCCCGGCCGGUUCAAGGUUCUCGACGCUGUCCGUGACGCCGUGAACUACUAGAAAUGUAUGCGAUCCAUCGCCAGCGUUUUACGUACGCGAUAUCCGCAACGGUGACUAAGCGCCAGGUGUAUUUCUUGUUGCUGGACUCUGGGAAGAUCAGCGUGUAAUUUCUAGGAUUUAGGCGCGGCUCUUGUGCUUGGAUCCCGCCCUCACGGCGACACUGGAAGCGUCGUGAUAUGUAUGUCGUACAUAACGUAUAUACAUUCUAGUGAGGAUGGCCAUCAAAUGCGAUGCAGCCGUCAUCGAGGAUACUGUGUAGCAUGCCUGGGCUUGUACAACGUGCAUGGGAUUUCUAAGUAAACGAGGGUCGUGCAAGCAUUACAUUUGAUUCAAAAAUACGUCCGGUCUACAUACUGUAAAUAUCAAUUUCGGGCGUGGGCUAAUGCAGCACCCGGUGCAUCGUGAAGCAACAAAGUGUCAUCGUCGUGAAAUCGCGGGUUCUGUUUCCGAUUGCAAGGGUCGUGCCCACAUGCCAGCAAAGCAGGAGAACGUUGAGCAGCGGGAAGUGCGCGUCAUGUGAAGUUUCUCUUGCAUGGAACUAAUUUACAAGGCACAUGCAAGAUUUCGUGAUUUCGUGGGGCGGGAGGAUGUCGCGGUACUACGAAGGAACUGCAUGUUCGGCAAGUGGUGGUGUGUACGUAAAGAAGUGUCGCGAU